CCAUCAGAGGGGGGGAUUACAUAUCUACUCAAAUAUAUCUGCUGUCUCUUGUUGGUUUCCUCAAUAUUCAUACCCUCUCUUCUAUUUGUUCGUCAAAUACCCUAUUGAAACUUCCAACGAAAUCAUCAAUAUGGAUUCUUAUUAUUCACCUCCUAGAACCAAUCAUUCAAAACAUCGACACUCAACGCCUUUAUCUCCACUCAGGGAAAUACAAAAAUAUACUGGACGGACAGCUGUUCAAGAUACAAAUUACAUUGGUAUCACUAUCACUGAUCAAGAAGACAAUUUGAAAGAUCCCAACUCUACUUCAUGGUCUACACCUUAUUUACAAGACAGCACUGGUGAUGCUUCGCAAUCUUAUCGACACUCCUUCAAUGGUUUGGAUGACUUUUCUCGUUUCAAUCAAUCUGACUCUUGGAAUUCUCAACAAUAUCAAGAUUUCUUAUCAUUUCGGUCUGAAUAUCAACAACAAGAACAACAAGAACAGCAACAACAACAACAUCUACAGCAACAACUGUUACAGCAACAACAGCAACAACAGCAACAACAGCAGCAACAACAGCAACAACAACAGCAACAACAACAGCAACAACAACAGCAACAACAACAGCAACAACAACAGCAACAACAGCAACAACAACAACAACAACAACAACAACAACAACAACAACAACAACAACAACAACAACAACAACAACAACAACAGAGGCGGCAUCAAACUAUUAACCGACAAGGUGAGAAAAUUAUCAAUAAACCUCCUUUUCUUUCUCGACAUGCAUCUAUUACUCUACCUGCUAUUAAUACCAGCGAUCUUCCACCUCAGCCAAAACCAUCAACAUCUACCUCAACUAUGCUUCAUGAAGGACCACGAUCAGUAACUCUGCCUAUACAACACUCAUCUUCACUAUUGUCCUCUUCAAAAACUCGGCCUCAUCCUACUACAUCAACCUCUUCAUCCCUUAUCAAUGGUUUGCCACAACAUAAUUCAGAAGAUGAACUAGCAACAAAAGAAACCGUUCCUAGUGGUGCCCCACAACCGUUAUCACCAUUGACAUCAGUUUCAUCCUCGUAUCUACAAAGCCCUCGUCACCGUGGACAUCAAGUAUCAUCAACACCUACUUCUCCUUUUUCACCAAUCAAAACACACUUUGGAUCUAGUUCUAGCAACUCUUUUACAACAACAUCUCAUCAAAAAUCAAAAUUUUCAGCUUCAUCACCCAACUCAACUCAUCCUUCACGAUCCAAUGGGUCAACUCCUUCAUCUUCCCUAUCUGGUGCUUUUCGAAAAGUGAACAGUUGCUCUGAUUUGAAUCAUCUCUUUUUAAGGAAACCGAUGCGGUCCAAUGUGGUCAAUGUAAGAGCCUAAAACGAAAUACCAGAAUGGAAAUACAAAUUUGACUAAUAUAAUCUUAUAUAUAUUAUUUUAUCGAUUUAGCCCUUAUUAUCCAUGACAAAACAUUUGAAUUCGACCUAUCAAAAAUGUAAUCAUGGAUUCCAAUACAAUGCAGCACGAAAUCCGCGUCGAGUGUUGACAAAACCAAGUAAACCUGGAGGAAAUGAUGGUUACGAUAAUGAAGACUACGAUUAUAUAUUAUACGUGAACGAUAUUCUUGGGUCUACGGAAGGACACAGAUAUAUCAUCUUGGAUGUGUUGGGCGCUGGUACAUUUGGCCAAGUGGUGAAAUGCAAGAAUAUGAAAACACAAGAA